AACAACUUCCAACGAGUACAGCAGACACCCCACGAUCCCCACUGCUGAUUCAUCUGGAUUUUCGACAAAGUCGAUCAUCUUAUUCACCACACCACAUUCUGGUGUGAAGAAUUGGACUGCCACUGGGAACAUCUUUCUGUUGCCUUUGUUGGAGGCAUCUGUCUGGAUGGAGAAAGGAGAUUUUUUUGGCAACCUUGGAGUCUGGCAAAAUCUUUGAGCACAUCGUGUGAACAGUUAGCUAUUCGCUUGAGGACAUCUAUGGCAAAUAUGAUUUAAGUGUCAAGGCCCUGGAUUCCCUGUCCUUCCACAUGGUAUGAGGUAAUUGUGCUAGAGGGUAUAAAACACUGCUACAUGUAGGGUAAAUGGGUGAGUCUUAAAAUAUCUCAUCGAUGGUGUAUCCCAACACAAGGUAACGUACAUUUAAGAGUCAUUGCACUUUUACACUGUAUUUGUCUCUACUAAUAUUUUAAUAUUGUGUAACCUUCUUACUUACUAGCAGGUAUACUAUUAUCAGUCUAUCUGUAAAGAACACAGUGAUUGAGUUAGAAAAUGAAAUGCUUUUGUAACCCUUUUAUUUUCUUCACAGAUAUGAUCUUUAGUGACAAUGCAUCAACAGUGACAUGGUUUACUCUUUCUGGGUUUGAUGAGAUGAUGGAACACAGAGCCACAUUCUUUUCUCUUAGUUUACUGUGUUACUGUGUGAUUAUACUAGUAAAUGUUGCCCUCAUUUUGACGAUAGUCCUGGAUGAAAACCUCCAUGAGCCCAUGUACAUCUUCCUGUGUAACUUGUGCAUCAGUGGACUUUUUGGCACAACAGGAUUCUACCCCAAGUUCCUCCUAGAUCUACUGUCUGAUCCGCAAGUUGUCUCUUAUGCAGGAUGUUUGAUCCAAACUUUUGUCAUUUAUUCUUCUGCCUGUGGAGAUUUUGUAAUUCUAGCAGUGAUGGCAUAUGACAGGUAUGUGGCAAUCUGUAGACCACUGGAGUAUCACUCUGUUAUGACCAGGCAGAGGGUCGCUUGGUUAGUGUCUUAUCCUUGGUUCUCUACAUUCUGUUUAAUAACUGUUCUCACAAUUUUAACAAGUAAACUGAGGUUAUGUGGAUCACAUAUAGAGAAGCUCUAUUGUGCAAACUGGUCUAUUGUUAAACUCUCUUGCACUUCAACCACAGUAAACAACAUAUCGGGUUAUAUUGGCAUUCUGUUCUAUACUGGGCAUAUAACAUUCAUUGUGUGUUCUUAUGUAUAUCUUAUCAGGUCAUGUUUGAAGUCUAUUGAGGACAGAGGGAAGUUUAUGCAGACCUGCAUGCCACAUUUGUUGUCAUUAAUUAAUGUAGCAGGUGCUCUGUUGUUUGAGGUUUUCUACAGUAGAUAUGGUUCAACAGAUGUGUCACAAAACUUUCAGAAUUUCAUGGCAGUACAAUUUUUAGUUAUUCCUCCAAUUUUAAACCCACUUAUUUAUGGUCUUAAACUGAGGCGUAUUAGAAACCGAAUUUUCUGCACAACAAGUAAAAGAAAGAAAUCUUUAAAGUAAAGACAACAAUUGUAGGUUUUGGUGAGAUUAGUAAUUUACUGUGCGAUUACACUUGCAAAUGUUGCUCUCAUUUUGACGAUAGUCCUGAAUGAAAACCUCCACGAGCCCUUGUACAUCUUCCUGUGUAACUUGUGCAUCAGUUGGUACUGCAGGAUUCUACCCCAAGUUCCUACUAGAUACUGUCUCAUCGUCAGGUCAUUUCUUGUGCGGGGUGUUUCAUUCAAGCUUUUGAAAUAUAUUCUUCAGCAUGUGGUGACUUUUUUAGUCUCUCAGUGAUGGCAUAUGACAGGUAUGUGGCAAUCUGUAGACCACUGGAGUAUCACUCUAUCAUGACUAAAUAUAAGGUCACUCAGUUAGCCUGUUACCCAUGUUUUAUCAAUUACUCUUUCUUCACUGUCUCUUUUAGAAUGACCAGUACCCUGAAGCUAUGUGGAGCAUAUAUAGAAGACUAUACUGUUCAAACUGGUCUAUAGUUUAGCUUUCUUGCACUUCAACCAUCCCAAAUGACAUAACUGUAUG